UGAGAAGAAUGCUCAAAGUUUGGCGUGAAUUGCCUUUGAUUAUGUCUUAGUCAUGUCACCUAGUUGACUUGUUGAAUUUACAAUUUAAAAACAUUCUCUAAGAUACUUGCACCUUUAUCCAACUGUUUAGAUCCAAGUGUAAGAAUUUUUACCUAUCACCAUCGCGUAUCAACUUACCAGAUUCUACCUGCUGGUAUACCCUGAUGAUAUAUAUGUGAAAUGCUAUCCUGGCUACAUUUCUUGUCCCUGUUUCACUGGUGAACCUGACAGGCAGACUUUCUAUAUUUUCAUACAUACAAAUCAUGCUAACAGGAUGGUGCUGAGAGCAAAACAAAAGCCUGAAUUUUGUUUCCUUACUUCUUGUUGAAAGUGAUUUAUUGAUUUGAACUUUUAGGCUCAUAUUUUCAGUUAUAUAACACUAAUGAGAAUGGAGUAAUAUUCCCCAAGAAUUUCCAAAUAUGUAGCUGUGCAGUUUGUAUGAAUAAAGAUUACGUAUCCCCGAAAAGGUAUUCUGGUUCACCUUAGGAUAUAUUCAUUCAUUAGCAACCUCUAACAUUGACAGUAAUAAUUAGAAUAAGACAACUUGGGUUUAAAUUCUCUGUGUGACUCUUACUAAAGAUAUAAUUUUGGGAAAAUCAUCUUAGUCUAUUUCACUCAUCCAUUAAAUAUAAUAAUAAAUAAACUACAAGGUUUUUAAAAAAUAAAACAAGUUAAUUGGAGGUGAAAGUGAUUUUUACAAGCACUGUACAGAUAUUAGCUGUUGUUAUUAAGUUUGAAAACAGACAUUAAGUAGGAUAUAAAGGGGGAGUUUACCUUGAAGACUUCUUUAUGUAUUCAUGUGUUCACAUGGUUAAAGUGUAUUGAUUAUCAAUUCCGUAUUAGGCACAGUAAGAGAGGAUGGGACUACAGAGGCCUAAAUCUCUUCCCUGUCUGUGUUCACUGUCUGGUGGAAAGACCUCUGAUUUGCUCCCAAUCAUGUCCUUACAAUAAAGAUUUGUAUUUAGUAUGCAACACACUGCAUUGCAAUUAUUAUCUACAUGUAUAAACAUGAUUUUCAUUUACAUAAUAAUGGAAGUCAAGGAAAUGAGAUUUAUUGUAUGGAAGGUUGAUAUGUUUAAAUUGUGUCAAAAUUUUAAUGUUUAACAUUUAAAUUAGGGACAAAUAACUAAGAAAUAGAAUAAAACACUACUGUUCAAGUUCCAAAACCCCAUUUCUACAAAUCUGCUAUGUACCUGUCCCAUUUUCUGUCCCUGAACAGCACAGAGGAGAAAGAUUUACUAGCCCUGAACAGGCAAGAAGGGAAGUUAGAAGAUUCUGCUGUAUUCAAAUGACUUGCAAUGGCAUAUUGGCGUUCUUGACAAGUCCUUGCCAUGGACCAAAGAACUACCUUACUUGGUUUCUUGGUUACUUGGUUGUAAGGAAAGAUGCUAGAUGCAUAGAAGCCCUAUGAAACCCACUUCAUAUUCAGCCCCAGGCAGGUAGAGGAAUCGUUAUCCUCCCAUUCCCAUCUGCUGGCUCGGCAAUCUGGCAGUGAGGUGGUUCCUUUAGAGCACAGUGCCAGUGGAAAUUGGAUUUGGAUCCCCUAAAAUCGGUGUGAAGCAGAAAAACUCGUGAUUGUAGUAUCUGGAUGCUUAAUAUUGGGCUUCUUGAUUGGCUUCAACUAGGGUGGCCACAACAAGUCUACUGGACUAACCCAGGGCUGAGAGGGUGGUCGAGUUGAUGGAGUGGACUAAUGCCAUUAUGGGUGUCCUGUUUGUCACAAUGGAAAGGCCACACUUACCUGCUCAAUCCCCAUUUACUUUGUAUUCUAGGAUAGAGGUCAGGAAGACUAUAUCCCACCUGCCUAUACAGCUGUGGUGUGUUGAAAGACCCCUGGACUUAAAGUAUUCAUCCAGUGGUUUAAAAACUCAACGAAAUACAUCAAUAAAUAUGCAACUGCCUUCAAGAGAGACAAACCCCUAUUUUAAUAGCUUGGAGCAAAAGGACCUGGUGGGCUAUUCAUCCACAAGGGCCAGUUCUGUGCCCAUCAUCCCUUCAGUGGGUUUAGAGGAAACCUGCCUGCAAAUGCCAGGGAUUUCUGAAGUCAAAAGCAUCAAAUGGUGCAAAAACUCCUAUUCAGCUGACGUUGUCAAUGUGAGUAUUCCAGUCAGCGAUUGUCUUAUAGCAGAACAACAGGAAGUGAAAAUAUUGCUAGAAACUGUCCAGGAGCAGAUCCGAAUUCUGACUGAUGCCAGACGGUCAGAAGACUACGAACUGGCCAGCGUAGAAACCGAGGACAGUGCAAGCGAAAACACAGCCUUUCUCCCCCUGAGUCCCACGGCCAAAUCAGAACGAGAGGCACAAUUUGUCUUAAGAAAUGAAAUACAAAGAGACUCUGCAUUGACCAAGUGACUGGAGAUGUAGGAAUCUGUGCAUUCUAUGCUUUGCUCAACAGGAAAGAGAGGAAAUCAAAUACAAAUUAUUUAUAUGCAUUAAUUUAAGAGCAUCUACUUAGAAGAAACCAAAUAGUCUAUCGCCCUCAUAUCAUAGUGUUUUUUAACAAAAUAUUUUUUUAAGGGAAAGAAAUGUUUCAGGAGGGAUAAAGCUUACCAUUAAAGCUUUGGGGUAGAAUUCUGAAUCCAAUUUCAGUUAGUCCCAACACUGUCCUCUUUGGCUCUUAGAAGAUGUGGGCAAUUCAGACCCUUGGCCCCACAAGUGCCAGUGUCUCAUUAAAACACACUGGUUUCAAAAAGAGGAGAGCUGCAUCCUGCAGGUGGAUGCGCCAGUGAGCAGGUGGCCCUUGCCAUUUGGCUUGCCAGUCCCAAGCCCUAAAUUUCUAUUCACCCAAUAGCCUCAUCACAGGUUAUGUCAUGUCGAGAAAUGUAGUGUUUUCUAUUUGAUUUUUGGAGAAUGCCACAAAAGACUCUGCAAUGGGAAGGAGGACAGGAGAUAGAAGGAGAAACCGGGGGCAAUCUUAACUACUCUUGUGUGCCACCUUCCUCUGAGAUUUGAAUGCACAGAUCUCAGCUGGAGGUAUGAAAUUAUUACAGAAAAAGAGACAAACAAGUCACUAUGUCGUGUCACUAAAAUCAUGCUAAUAGAAAUGUUUUUCCUUGAGAUUGUUUAGAGGCUCUGGAGGAGCGUUUCUCAGUUUUUGUGUGCCUGUGUGCACAUGUGUGUGCGAGCGUGUGUGUGUGUGGACUUGCUCACGCGGACACAUAUGCUGUAAGCACAUGUGUUCAUUGUGCGUAUGUGUGUGCAUGUGUGCGCGUAUUACGCUUGCUAAAAUUUGUUCUGAAACAUCAGGGAAUCUAAUAUUCAGAAAAAGUAUUUCCCUCUUAGAUCUGUUCACUUUAAAUUUUUCCAUUAAGUAUAAAGUUCAGUUAGUUCUUAAAUCAAGGUCACUUGCAUGGUGGGGUCGUAUAAAACUCUUGACACUGUCUAGACCAUUUUCUGAUGUGAAUACUUUUGAGAGGAUCAACUAUUGGCUCAUUAAUGAUAUCAGUAUCAUAAGGUGAGUUAAUUGAGGGUGUGUGUUUAUUUUGAAUCAUGCCUACUUAAAUUAUUAACACAAGACAAUUAACAAAUUGACAGUUACCAUUUGCUUUCUCAUCAUCCUCAUUGCUAUUUAUUUUAUAGCAAGUCUACUACGUGUGGACCAAGGCUUUGGCUUCUGUGGUUAGUAUGGGAAGAAUAAAUUGUUGAAAUAAAAAAACCCAGACUAUUCAGUUCACAAGAAGCCCCCCAAGAGAACAGUAAAUUGUGUUGUAUGUUCAUUUGGAAUAAAGCAAUAUUUUUACCACUGCUAAGG